AUGCGCAUCUUCGCCCCGAACGAUGUCGUCGCCAAGAGCCGAUUCUGGUACUUCCUUGCCAAGCUGCGCAAGAUCAAGAAGGCCAACGGUGAGAUCGUCUCGCUGAACAAGGUGCGUAGUGGAUACCAGGAAGAUUUGGGCUCGAAUGUUCGAGGAGUAUGCGAUGUUGAUUCUUGGGCAGAUCUCCGAGAAGCACCCUCUUAAGGUCAAGAACUUCGGUAUCUGGAUCCGCUACGACUCGCGUUCCGGCACCCACAACAUGUACAAGGAGUACCGUGAGAUGUCCCGCUGCGAUGCCGUCCAGUCGCUCUACCAGGACAUGGCCUCGCGCCACCGCGCCCGCUUCAGGACCAUCCACGUAAGAUGCACCCGUGAAUGCUCGCGCGGGAAAGAUACUUACAUUGUUUUCAUGCAGAUCCUCAAGGUCGUCGAGGUUGAGAAGACCGAUGACAUCCGGAGACCAUACAUCAAGCAGCUCACCACCAAGGGCCUCAAGUUCCCUCUGCCUCACCGUGCCCCACCGAAGCGCGGCAAGCAGAUCUUCUCUGCCACCCGCCCCAACACUUUCUUCUAA